UAUUGGCCAACCCCUUCCCUGUCACCGAGCGGUCUUCCGGGUCCCGUGACGUGGAUAGUUGUCUCCAGAAACAAGCGAUGUGCCUUUUUGAAGGAAAUAUAAGUUUACCUUUCGGACUAUGAAACCCACCUGCUGGGGUUACACUCGACUCGGUGUCUACUGAUUAAUCUUUGACCUCCUGGGUGCACUGAGACAGAUAAUCCAGCAGCUAGCUCAAGUAGUAACUUCAGAAGCAGUAAGUUAGUUUGUUCUUCUGAACGGUCAGCUGUUGACCUGCCGUACUUCGUUAGUCUCGGUCCGGAGGAAACAGAAAUAGGAUGAACGAGGUGAACGAAGAAGGUUUUCUUGGUCACUUGGGCUAACGGAAAGCAGUCAGCUAGCUCUAAUGCUAACAUUAGCUUGAUAGUCUUCGUGCGAAAGGAAAGCAAAGGUUUAGAAGCUGUGAAGAUGGGCUCCUUGUUCCGGAGCGAGGAUAUGUGCCUGGCCCAGCUGUUCCUCCAGGCCGGCUCGGCCUACGACUGCAUCAGCGAGCUGGGAGAGACCGGACUGGUGGAGUUCAGGGACCUCAACCCCAGUGUCAACUGCUUCCAGAGGAAAUUCGUCAAUGAGAUCAAAAGGUGUGAAGAAAUGGAAAGGAUUCUUGGGUUCCUCCUGAGGGAGAUCAAGAAGGCUGACCUCCCGCUGCCUGACCGAGACGUCAACCCUGUGGCUCCGCUGCCCAAGCACAUCAUGGCAACCAUGGAGCAGCUGCAGAGGCUAGAGGCCGAGCUCAGUGAGGUCACCAGAAACAAAGAGAAGCUGCAGAAGAACCUGCGAGAGCUGACUGAGUACACGCACAUGCUGCACGUCACCAAGAACUUUGCUCAGAGAGGCAGUGAGGACCCCCCCCAGGCCCAGUACGAGGAGUUCCCCUUCCUGGAGAGGGAUGCUGCCCUGGACUACACCGGCAUGCAGAGGAUGGGGGCGAAACUCGGAUUUAUUUCGGGACUGAUUCAGAGGCCGAAGAUUGAAGCUUUUGAGCGGAUGAUGUGGAGAGUCUGUAAGGGCUACACAAUCCUCAGCUACUCGGAGAUUGACGAGUAUCUGGAAGACCCUGACACGGGCGAGCCAACCAAGAGUGUGGUGUUUCUGAUAUCCUACUGGGGAGAGCUCAUCGGGCAGAAGGUCAAGAAGAUCUGUGACUGCUACCACUGCCACCUGUACCCGUACCCUAGCAGCAGGGAGGAGAGGACGGACGUGGUGGAGGGGCUUGGGACACGCAUCCAGGACCUGAACACGGUCCUGCUGAGGACGGACGACUACCUGCGGCAGGUGCUGAAGAAGGCGUCUGAGUCUGUCUACACGUGGUACAUCGAGGUGAAGAAGAUGAAGGCCAUCUACUAUGUCCUCAACCUGUGCAGCCUGGACGUCACCAACAAGUGUCUGAUCUCGGAGGUGUGGUGUCCUGUUGGCGACCUGGGCGUCGUGCGCCAGGCGCUGGAGGAGGGCUCGAGGAAAAGCGGCGCGACAUUGCCUUCCUUUGUCAACCGUAUCCCGAGCAACGACACGCCGCCCACCCUCAUCAAGACCAACAAGUUCACCUCUGGCUUCCAGAACAUCGUGGACGCGUAUGGAGUGGGCACGUACAGAGAAGUGAACCCAGCUCCCUUCACCAUCAUCACCUUCCCCUUCCUGUUUGCGGUGAUGUUCGGCGACCUGGGCCAUGGGCUGAUCAUGGCCGUGUUCGCCUUCUGGAUGGUCCUGUACGAGAACAACCGCAAGCUGAAGAACACCAGGAACGAGAUCUGGAACACCUUCUUUGAGGGGCGCUACAUCAUCCUGCUGAUGGGCUUAUUCUCCAUCUACACCGGCCUCAUCUACAACGACUGCUUCUCUAAGUCCCUCAACCUGUUUGGCUCGGGCUGGAGCGUCAAGGCCAUGUUCGAUGCUGGCGUGUGGAAGGGUAGUGAUAUUGCUGCCAAUCGUUUCCUGAUCCUUGACCCCAACAUCACAGGGGUUUUCAAAGGGCCCUACCCAUUGGGAAUCGAUCCAAUCUGGAACCUGGCCAACAAUCGACUGACAUUCCUGAACUCCUACAAGAUGAAGAUGUCCGUGAUUCUGGGAAUCGUCCACAUGAGCUUCGGAGUGGUCCUCAGCGUCUACAACCACCUCCACUUCAGGAAGAAGUCCAACCUGUACCUGGUCUUCCUGCCGGAGCUGCUCUUCAUGUGGUGCCUUUUCGGCUACCUGGUCUUCAUGGUGGUAUACAAGUGGCUGGCCUUCUCCGCCGCCGAGUCCAAAACAGCUCCCAGCAUCCUCAUCCACUUCAUCAACAUGUUCCUGAUGCAGAGCAGCGGCAACCAGCUCCUCUACCCGGGACAGAUCGGGGUACAGGGGUUCCUGCUGGUCAUCGCGCUGCUCUCUGUGCCCGUCCUGCUGCUGGGGAAACCGCUCUACCUUUACUGGCUCCACCACGGAAGCCAGCGCCUGGGGAUGUACCGGGGCUAUGAGCGAGUGCGGCGUGGCAGUGAGGAGGAGCUCUCUCUGAUGCACGCUCAAGAUAUGGAGGAAGGCAGCGGACACAGCGACCCCUCCACCAGCCGGGAGCACCAGAAGGAGCAGAUUAACUUUGGAGAUGAGUUCCUGCACCAGGGCAUCCACACUAUAGAGUACUGCCUGGGCUGCGUCUCCAACACGGCCUCCUACCUGAGGCUGUGGGCGCUGAGCCUGGCCCACGCACAGCUGUCAGAGGUGCUCUGGCGUAUGGUGAUGCACUUGGGCCUGCGUGUGGACACCAGCCUGGGGGUCCUGUUCCUGGUGCCGGUCUUUGGCCUGUUUGCUGUACUCACCGUCUCCAUCCUGCUGGUGAUGGAGGGUCUCUCUGCCUUCCUCCAUGCCCUCCGUCUGCACUGGGUGGAGUUUCAGAAUAAAUUUUACAGCGGAAACGGAAUCAAGUUUUCUCCAUUCUCCUUCGCACUCCUGGCCUCCAGCUUCGACCAUGAUGGUUUCCCCUAAGGGCAGGGAAGGGAGAAGCUCUUUUGGAUGGUUUCCUCUAAGGGCAGGGGAGGGAGAUGCCAUUUUGUGCCAGCAAGGUUGAGCUUAACACCCUAUAAGCAAUGUUGAACCGAGUGAAUUGUUUUGUUUAUAGUUUUCACAUUUAACAAAUGUAUUUUAUGAACUCCAUAUAAUGCUAAAUGCAUUGGGAAGAUUAUUUACUUACAAUUGAAAUGUGUGCCCUCCGCUGUGGUAAUGUAUUUAAAAGUCAUUCUGGGAUGGAUAAAAGUCUUUUAUAGGUUACAGGUUCAGAUAUUUGAAGCACCGACAGCCUUAUAGAAGUUCCACCAAAUGACCGCCAUUUUCCCUUUGUAUUGUCCAAAGGAUUAAUCACGUUUCAUUAUUGAAGUUUUGACACACAAAUGUGAUGAGAGAUAUAGACUUUGUAGACAUUUUUAAAAUAGGAUAUAUAUUUUUAAGCAGUGCAUCAACGCGUGUGUAUUUCUCCCGCAUUCCCCGAGAUGUUAUUUAAAUCUUCACAUUGUUGCCUAUGCCUACAGUUGAGCUUUGGUUCGGGGGGUAAGGGGGUAGCUUUGCCUAUUAUCAGUCAUUGUGUAAUAAAGUUAUUAUUUAUGGCUGUCCCAAAUCAAUGGGUCACAAAUUGCGUUUGAGGUUUUGUAAGCCUUCAUUUUAAAGGUAUGGGUCGAAGCUGUCUUCAGACAGAUUACAGA